AUGAGGACUCAGCUCAACCUGCUGCUGGGCGGCUCAGACAGACUGGUAGUGUUCUGUUUGUGUCAGCAGACUAGACUAGGCCUGUCAGAGCACAGUUGUAAUUCCUGUCAGAGCACAGUUGUAAUUCCUUUCCUGUCAGAGGACAGUUGUAAUUCCUUUCCUGUCAGAGGACAGUUGUAAUUCCUGUCAGAGGACAGUUGUAAUUCCUGUCAGAGGACAGUUGUAAUUCCUUUCCUGUCAGAGGACAGUUGUAAUUCCUUUCCUGUCAGAGGACAGUUGUAAUUCCUGUCAGAGGACAGUUGUAAUUCCUGUCAGAGGACAGUUGUAAUUCCUGUCAGAGGACAGUAGUAAUUCCUGUCAGAGGACAGUUGCAAUUCCUUUCCUGUCAGAGGACAGUUGUAAUUCCUGUCAGAGGACAGUUGUAAUUCCUGUCAGAGAGCUGCUGCUGCUGCUCUGUGCUCGCCUCGCUCAGCGCCUCAGCUCGCGCUGUUGACUUUGAUAGUAAAGGGGCUGACAGACUUUUAAAGACAAGCUGUCUGCGGUCUGACCUUGAGGGUUGCUGGGACUACAGGGACAGCCCAUUGAUAAAAGGACUCAUACUUGAGCCCCGUUGCGAGUGGGGCUGUAGUCAGCGUUGCACCGCUAUCUUAGAAACAUCACCUUGCAGGGGAAUAAACAGGAGGUCGCACACAACACAGAGGACGAGAGCUGGGUGGCUAAACUAGCCUACAGGGUGCUGGUCUACAUACAGGAGUACACCAUAAAGAUGCCAGGCCACUAACAGCUGCUAAUCGAAUAAACAACACACACACAUACACACACUCGUAUAACUACAGAAACACAGACACACUUCUAUUUCACAUUCUUUCUCUCUGUCACACACACACACACACACACACACACACACACACACACACACACACACACACACACGCCUCAGAAGGGAGAGGGGUUUUCAGGUUGCAUAUUCAGCAUUAUGUUUUCAGUCAGUUCAAACACCUCUCUCUGCAGGGUACCUCUGUUAUAUGGCAGGAGCUCUUAUGUUUAGAGCUCUGCUUUAAAGAUGGCAUAUCGUGUCUGUGUGUUUCUGUGUGUGUGUCUGUGUGUUUCUGUGUGUGUGUGCAUGCGUACGUGUGUGUGUGUGUGCGUGUGUGUGCGUGUGCGUGUGUGUGUGCGUGCGUGCGUGCGUGUGUGUCAGCAGGUGGCGCUCAUCUCCCCUGUCUCUCCUCUCCCCAGGUAUCCAUCAGGCUGCAUCUGGUCCCAGGACAUCCUCUCAGGCUGCAGUGGACUACCUGAGGGACCCUGUGAUCCACCAAGAGGACCAGUGAUCUACCAAAAGGACCUAUAAUCAAGUGAGAAGGAACUGUGAUCCGGUGAGGUGUCCAGUGAUCCAUCUGCUGUGAUCCACUGAGGACUGUAUUGGGAUCCACUCAAGAUUUCCAGAGAGAAAGAAUGGUGUUCCACUGAGAGUUCCAGUGAUCCAGCUUGUGUCUUGGUAGUUCUCUGGAGAGCGUGUCCGUCAGGCUGGGAGGAUCAGGAUGCCAGAGCUGGAGGACUUCCCUCCGACGCGGGUUGACCAGCCGGCCGGUCCCGACCCUGCCCAGAUCCAGCGCAGUGUUCUGGAUGAACAGGUGGAGCUGUGGUGGUUCGGAGACCCAGCCAAGUCUCUGCUGUGCUACUGUUUGGCGGUCCUCCUCAUCCUGGGCUGCGGCCUGGGCGGCGUGCUCCUCCUCUCCACCACCACCAGUUUCUCCAGUGACUGGCGCAUGGGAGCGGGCAUGGCCCUGUGUCUCUUAGCCCUGGCCGUCCUCCUCAAACAGCUCCUGAGCUCGGCCGUGCAGGACAUGAACUGUGUGCGGAGUCGCAGGCGGAUCGAUAUCCUGAAGAGCGGAGGGCUGUCGGAUCUGUUAGUGGUGCUGAUCACGGGGCUGUGUCUGGUGGUCUGUGGGGCUGUGCUGCUGAAGCUGGCCUUGGAGCACCACAUGCCCCAGCCGGGCGUGGCCCUGAACGAUAUGUACAUCUCUGGGGUGGUGUUGUUAGCUGGAGGGGGGGCAGCGGUAGUGGGGGUGGGGGUGUACACAGGGGUGGUGUUGCUGCUGGAUAGGACCAGGCCGGGACAGAGGUUUAGGGACAGGGCUGUGGGGCUGUUCACUAUCUCUGGAAGACACAUGGACCAGGGUAGGAGGGAGACCACCUCUAGCCUGGCUAACCUCAUCUGA